UCUACGUCGAUCACCUCUGAUUUCACUGAUCCAACCAACCUCCUCCUCCUUCUUGAUUCACUCUCUAAUCUAUGCUUGCGCUCAAAACUCAAGGCCUUUCCCCUGAUGCCUUUAUCCUCCAACGUCAUGGAUGAUAGGUUCAUGGCUUUGCGUCGGUAUUGGGAUCGAUUCAGAUCCCUUUAUCCAGUCGUCCUUGGUUUAUGUAUGUGUCAAAUGCAGUCUUUUAAAAGAUGCCCAUAAACUGCUCGAUGCAAUAUCUGAACCAGACGUGGUUUCUUGGAUGCUUAUAGUUUUCGGAGUGUGCUCAACUUGGACAUGGGAGUGUGGCAAAAGAGGUCUUUGAGGACAUGGUGAAUAAAGGGAUCGAACAAAACUGAGUCGAUUUUGGGCAGUCAAAUCCAUGGGUUUGUGAUCAAGAUGGGAAUGAAAUCGGACAAAUGCAUUGUUAGUGCCCUUAUUGAUAUGUAUGGGAAGUGCAGUGGUAGUUCACAGAUGCCACAAGUGUUUCAUGAAGUGGACUUGUUACAUAUAGGCGCUUGUAGUACACUAGUGCUUUAGAGAAAAUGCUGUGUGGAUGAGGCACUGAUGGUUUUAGGCAACUCAAGGACAAAGGGAUAGAUUUGAAUGUCAUGUCUUGUACGUCAGUGAUCUCUCCUUGUUGUCAAAAUGGCAAAGACAUGGAGGCUUUUGGACCUAUUCAGAGAGAUGCAGAUUGCUGGGGUAAUCCCUUGUAUUUUACCACACUGCAACAUUGAUGCAUGGGAAGGCAACUCAUGGUUUUUCUAUCAGAAGUGGGAUCUCUGGUGAUGUGUACGUGGGCAGUGCAUUGGUUGACAUGUACGCUAAAUGUGGGAGGAUCGAAAUGUCUCAUCCUUUUUUGACAAGUUCAGUACAUAACCCAAAUGUGAUGAGAUUCUUUUGUAGUGCAGAGGCUAGGGAAAGAUUAGCUUUAGCUGGGCAUGCUUCAUUUUCAUUGAACUACUUUUUAAGCCAAAUUGCUAUGGACGAGGAUAUGCAAUUGAAUAUGACUGUUAUGCUAUUUGAGAGGUUGGGAGAGUGUGCAUCUGAAAGCUGGCAAAAACAACUUGCAUUUCACCAGUUGGGUUGUGUAAUGCUUGAAAGGCAGGAAUACAAGGAUGCCCAAAAAGUGGUUUGAAGAAGCAGUUGAGGCCGGUCAUGUUUAUUCAUUAGUAGGGGUUGCAAGGACUAAGUAUGAGCGUGGUCAUAAAUAUGAAGCUUACAAAAUGAUGAACUCACUCGUUUCUGAUUAUUCACCAGCUGGAUGGAUGUAUCAAGAGCGAUCUCUAUACUGUAGUGGGAAAGAGAAGAUGAUGGACUUGGAUACGGCAACUGAAUUGGACCCCACUCUUCCUUACCCGUAUAAGUGUAGGGCUGUUUUGAUGAUGGAGGAAAGUAAUGUUGAUGCCGGCAUCCAAGAGAUCAACAGAAUAAUUGGUUAUAGGGUCUCUCCUGAUUGUCUUGAACUAUGUGCUUGGUUUUCUAUUUCAAAGGGGGAUUAUGAAUGUGCCUUGAUAGAUGUCCAGGCAAUUCUGACCUUCGAGCCUAAUUACAUGAUGUUCCAUGGAAAGUUGCAUGGGGACCACUUGGUAGAGUUCCUCCGCCACCAUGUUUAGCAGUGGAGUCAAGCUGAUUGCUGGAUGCAGCUUUAUGAUCGGUGGUCCUGCGUUGAUGAUAUUGGUUCUCUAGCUGUUGUGCACCACGUGUUAGCAAAAGAUCAGGGGAAAAGCCUCGUACGCCUCCGUCAGUAUCUCCGCCUAUUACGAUAAGUAUGGCUAGCUCAAAUUUGUGAUGUGUUACACAACUUAAUUCUUCUGUUAUGUUUUCAACUCCAAGUGGUUCUGUGACAAGCAUAUUCUUUCUGCUCUUGGAUACAUAACUUUCUGUUUUUCAGUGGGAUGCUUUAGCUUAAGAGAAACUGUUGAUGCCAUAUGAUUCUCUCUCAAUUUAUGUUUCAGCAAAAAUUGGGAAUCACUACAGUGCAUGUUUUAAAGUCACUCAUUUUAAAUUUGGACUUUUGGGGAGAUUAUCGACUAAUGAUGCAGAACUAUGAUUCUUACCGCUACAAGUGAAGCAUCAAUGAUAUUCAUUUGUGGUAGAAAAGAGCCAAUUAUGAACUGCACCGACAGUUAUGAACUUGUUUUUUUUAUUUUUUGGUUGGUUUACUUUCUUUCUUUCUUUGGUUCAGAUGGGGUUUAAAUGACAAGAAAUUGCUAUUGAUUGUGAUCAAUGCCACUGACGAGCUCACCUACGAAGAACCGGUAUCUGCCUUUGUGUUCUGUGUUAUGUGUAGUCAUCAGCUUCUCAAGAGAAUUUAACGAGGCAGGUUUCUAGACACUCGUGCAUGAAACACAUGGACUCUGCCAUAAAGAAUGUCAUGGAAAGAUUAACCCUUUCAAGUGUCCUAAGGGAGAAGCUGAAGAGUAAAGUCCCUGGUAUCAUAUCUUGAUUUACAUUUUCUAGAUAUACCUUCAGCAAGUGGAAUUAAGAUUGAGAUAUUGUGAGUACCUGAAACACAGUAUGAGUGGAACUUGCUAAAUAUACAUGAUCAAAAGUAGCACAUUGUCAUUGCCAAAUUCAGAUUAGAAGUUUCUUUUAUGGCAGUACAAUCCAAGUGUAAUAUGGUGCCUUUUAAGUUUGAAACAAGAGCAUAAACCAUAAUGAAGGUCAACUCCCAGCUAUUUUCCAAUAGAAUUUCUACCCUGUCGAGAUUUCGUAUAAAUGUGGACUUUUUAGUCAACUGUCCUUGGUACUGUGACCAGACACAAUUGCGGGCAUUUCCACUUCAGAUUAGGGUCAGGGAAGUUGCGUAAUGUCCAUCAUUAUGAAAUUUUCGGGACAUCAGCUUCCACUUGUUACAUCACGUGUC